AUGGCUACAGUUUAUUUUAAAAUCAUAUUGGUAAGAAAAUUCGCAAUUUCAGCGGUAGAAGCAAAGGACAGCGAAGUUCUCAAAGACACAGUGGCAACAAUAUCUUGUGUAGUGAAAGGCCUGACAAAGCAAUUGGGGGCAGUAACAUGGGAGAAACCUAGUCUGGGUGGUGCUAUAACUGACGAUAUUGAAGGUUAUCUGAUUGACAUUGGAACUUACGAACCUACCACCAACAGUCAAACUACAAUUCUGACCGUACCUGCUGGUGAAAACACGGCUGAUGCUGUUUACACAUGUGUCAUACAACCUGACGAGCAUGGUAAAACAUCAGCGUCUCCACAAAAGACUGAUGUCAACUCGAACGUUUUCAUGCUACCUACAAUGGAUACUGUGUACUACAGCCCCACUAGUAUAGAGGUGACAGUGGAAGGACGUUAUGAGCCACAAAUAAUUUGGUUCAUUGGAGGACAGGCGUACAGCUCUCAAGAUAAUCCCCAUUUGACCCCAACAAUUUCAUCGGUAUGGUCUGGGUCCAAAAAGACCUUUAAUCUGGCGUUCGAUAUGAGUGGGUUUGAAAUAUCUAUGUCGCCGUUCACAGUUCGAGGAACAGUGUCUUUCGGAGACGCCACUGAUUCAACCUUCGACACGGUUACAACCAACAUCUACAAGAGAGAGUUUGUUGAGAGCCUUCCAGCCUCAACAACAUUCCGCAACGCUGACAUCCCGAAAGAAUUUGUAUGCUCUGCUUUGGGCGAAGACAAGGGAUUACUUACGUUGUCUUGGAAAGUAGGAGAUGUACUAGUAGAUGAUGAGGUAGAGCACGUGACCCUAACAGAUGAGUCAGACAGCAGCUCCACCACCACCAAGAUCAGCAAGUUGACAAUAACAACCAACAAACCAACUUUCAACACUCAGUUCAAAUGUAUCGCUACCUGGAGUGGUGUAAAUGGAAAGUCGAUCGAGUCGGCGUCUGACGUUAACGCUGUUGGAGUAGCUGUGGGUGAGAACACGUUCAGCACCGGUUCCUCUGGAGACGGAGUGAUAAGUUGUGUGGUGUGGGGUGAUUCACCCCCACAUUCUGUCACGUGGUCUAACGAAAGGGAGGAUGCUAUCACCAACCAACCUGAUGAGACAGAAAUCGCAGACAGUAUAACAGAAGGCAUUACUUACACCCACACGCUCACUGUUAAGAAGAUGACGUUUGGGGAUCAAGGAAAGUACACCUGCUCAGUUGUGUUUGUGGAAAACGAAACCCCCGUUAAUGUCGUCACAACUCUUAACAAGCUUUCUGCAAGUUUCGAACCAGCAACACCAUAUUUCGUCCACGAGAAAACUGUCCAGUUCUCCUGCGUGUACAACGGUUUGGAUGACCCGCAGAAUAUCGAAUGGUUCAGGAGUUCAACAGACGAUGCUGAAAACCUAAUCAGCAACAGUGAUGCUAAGUACACCAUUACCACUGGCAACUUCAAAGAGGCCUUCAGUACGAAGACUAGCAUUAUCACUGUAGAGAAUGUUGAAGUUACUGACAGUGGCGACUACACCUGCAAAUGGACCACCGAAACCUUCAAUCCUAAGUCAACAAUGGUAGUCUCUGUUCGAUUGCUGACCACUCUCUACAACGGUAUACAGCACUCUACAACGGUAUACAGCACUGACGGGUCAAUAAAGAUCACGUGCAACUACGAGGGUACAACGAGUGGCACCAUGGAGUGGUACUAUAAUAGCCAGAAACUGGAAGAUGCUGCUGAUGAUGCCAUCGCCAUCAACCCUCGUUCCCUGCAGAGCAAUGCUCAGCAGUACACUUUGACAAUUACUGACGUUACUCCUCCUGAAAAUACGGGGUCUUACAGCUGUGUUCUGUCGUUCACAGACGGGGACAGUCUGCGAGCAAGCACGGAGGUUGUGGUGCGAAAAUCAUCCUCAGUCGACAGAGCGGGCACUGCUGAAUCCACCAUAGUUGUAACUGGUGAUGACCUUUCUGCCAGAUGCCUUAUGGAAGGUGACAAGGUUCCCUCUGGAGUGACAUGGACUAAAGGUGGCGAUAAUAUCGUGUUCGAUGGAUCCGUUAAGAUAGAAAACACGAAUACCAAACAACUGGAAAGCAGCAUAAAGUUUUUCAGCAACAUAACUAUAAAAAGCUUCGAUUUUGCUGACGAGGAUAGUUACAUCUGUAGCUUCAUUUUUGAGGACGGUAUUAAUGUUCAAUCAACAAUAGAGGUCGUGUCUGCUAAAAUUACCAACAAUGAAUGUGAGUUUGUAGACAUCCGAACCGACACCAGCAAUACCCUAACCUGUGCUUACCAUGGUAGUAGUGCUGCCACUGCUGUUUCCUUUACUCUACCAGACGACUCAGUUGUUGCUGGAGUAUUGGCUGAAUUCAGCGCUGGAGGGGAUGCCAGUACGGCAGGUUCCCAAACGGGUAGUUACGCUGUAUCUAGUGUGAGUGAAGCGUCCAGUGGUUCGUACAAGUGUACCUUCACUUUAACAGGAGGGAAGACUGUGGAGUUCAUUCAGAGACUAACUGCAAGGAAGGCUGUCAUCGAAUCAUCAGCUGGUCUAAAUGCAAAUCUCAUCGUACAGGAUUCUAUAACUCUGACUUGUACCGUUGCCUCUGGUGCACGGUCCUUAGACUGGUACAAGGGAGCGGUCAAGCUGAUCGAGGAGGAAGAUUACGAACGAAUAAAAGUGUCAGAAUCAGACGACUUGGUUUCCAAAAUAACUUUUGACAUCGCUGACGACAGCGCAGGGUCAUACAUGUGUCGUGCGGUUCAGUACGACGACUUCUGCCCUACCGAGGAAACUUUUGAUUCGGAACCAGUUGCGGUGUCAAUCAUAGCGGCAGCUCUGAUAACAAACCCUGCUAGUGCCACUGCUUAUGGUGGUGCAAGCCACGUGUUUGAAUGCGUGUUCCCUAAUCCAUUCGGAACUGAUAAUAACGAAAUCACGUGGUCUUUCAAAAGUGCUGGGGAUUCUGUUGCUAGGCCGAUGAUAGGAAAUGGAGAUGUGUACAAUGACCAAAGUGAGAGAGUAAUCGAUGGAACAAAGGCAUCUGACAGCUCGGUUGCAAAUAAAAUCUCAACCACCCUCACCAUCGGAAGUGUAAACUCGGACGCAGCAGGAGAGUAUAUCUGUUUCAUAAAGUGGGGAAGAAUAUUCAUCAAGUCCGCAGCCGCCACACUAACAGUUCGAGAAAUCUCUUCUCCACCCGAAACAACCAACGUGGCAAAGGGAGGAGAGGCUAAGUUCACUUGUAAAACUUCCGGUGACAGCGCAGCGUUAAUCACCUUCCACAAGACAAUUAGUGAUGAGUUAGUUGGUACAGUUGUUGUGACUGAAGCUACAUCUGGUGACAUUGUGAUUACCACUGGAAUAUUGACCAUUGCUGGUGUCACAGCUGCAGAUCACGGUAUUGAGUAUUAUUGCAAAGCAGCUUGGGGUGAAAACACAUUGAAAUCUUUAGAAUGCUGCUAG